AUGGCUUCCAAGGCCAUGUGGGAGGUUGAUCCCGAGACGCGCGCCAAGCUGGCCGCGAUCCAAAAGGAGGCCAAGAACAACGUCUGCUGCGACUGCAACGCCCCAUCCCCGCAAUGGGCUUCCCCCAAGUUCGGCGUCUUCAUCUGCCUGUCAUGCGCCGGCGUCCACCGCGGUCUCGGUGUGCACAUUUCCUUCGUACGCAGCAUCUCGAUGGACGCAUUCAAGCAGGUCGAGAUCGAGCGGAUGCGCCUCGGCGGCAACGAGAACUGGCGAAACUUUUUCGAGCAGCACGAGGACACCAAGAUGAGGGGCAUUUCGUGGGACGACGCGACAAUUGCGGAGCGAUACAGCGGCGAGGUGGGCGAGGAAUGGAAAGACAGGCUCUCGGCCAAGGUCGAGGGCAAGGAGUACGUUCCGGGCGAGAAGAAGCCUACGCCAGCAGCGGCACCGAAGCCUGUCAGCCGGACGGGUACGCCGCUGGGCAGCACGAACAGCCGCUCAGCCAGCCCCGGCCGUAAGGUCAAGGUUGACGACAAGUAUUUUUCCAAGCUCGGUGCCGAGAAUGCCUCUCGGCCUGAUGACUUGCCGCCCAGCCAGGGAGGCAAAUACGCGGGCUUCGGCAGCAGCCCUAUGCCCGAGAAGAAGGACGGCGGCAUCCCGACCGUCGACGAUCUACAAAAGGACCCGGUGGCCGCUCUGACCAAGGGCUUUGGCUGGUUCACAAGCACAGUGUCCAAGACGGCCAAAACGGUCAACGAUGGCUACAUUCAGCCCACAGCGAAACAGCUGGCCGAGUCCGACUUUGCGAAGCAAGCGCAGCGCGUCGCUCAGCAGAGCGCUCGCAACGCCCAGGAGGGUUUCAACCGGUUUGUCGAGGGCGGGCCCAACAACGGCAGCGCCGGUCACGGUGGCGCGUCGAGGCAGGCGCCGCUGGAUGAGAGCAAGAAGGACUUCUGGGACAGUUUCAGUAGCCUUGCGGACCAGAGGCAGGGGAACAGCAGCAGCUCGAUCGGAACCGCUGCUAUGGGCAAGGGCGGCAAGACGGGCGGUGCUGCGGCACCUGCGGCGAAGAAAGACAACGAGGGCUGGGAUGACUGGUGA